ACCGACCACAGAACGCUGAAAGAAGAAGAAGGAGCACGUACUUGCGUACGUAAGGUAGCUGGUGGGAUGUUUAUAUGUCGAUGGGUGGGACUCAAACAGCCUGAAAUCGGAAGAACAGGACAUACUUGUUGACGAACUGGGUGUGUAACCGACAAGAGAUCAGCAAAUGAAGAGCGACGUUCCUGACGAUGGUUUAAACUUCCCCUCUGCCACUGCAGGGCUGUUGGUUUCCUCAGGGUUCAGGAGAUAGUUCUCAUGAUGUCCCAUCCUCUGUACAAACCCAUCAUCUCAGGAGCUCAGCCUCUGACUGUGGGUCCUCACUCUAUGGAUGCUCAAGGAGGCCAAGCUCCUGCUUGCAGUACAGAGAGGAUUUCUCAAGAAUAUUCAGAUGUUGGCAGCAGCUCAAAGGAUGGGUCCCUGAGAUGUAAAAUAGACUCGGAGGAUACUUCCAAACGGUUUUCAUCUGCUGAAUCUUGUUUUAGCAAAAAUAAGAGGAUCUUGUGUAGCCAACAGGAAGAUGAUGAGCUGUUUAUUCCAGAAUCUGGUGAGGGUUUGGUAUCUGUCUCCAGUCCACCCAGGAAUACUGCAGAGUCAGCUGCUGUACACAUCCUUAUGAAAUUUGGACUUAACAAAGAUGAUUUGGUAGAACUCGAAUCUUACCCUGAAGAUGAGAUCACGCCUGAUAACCUGCCUCUCAUCUUGCAUCAGAUCCGCAUUCAGAAGCAGAAAACAGCCGCAGGAAUCUCCUCAGAGCUCCAUCACUCCAGUCUAAAGAACAGCUUAGAUCCUUCUGACAUUCUUGAUCAGGAUGAUAUUCAGAAGUGGAGUGGAGAUGCUUUGCCAUCUGACAAACCGAGACCCCCUGGUCAAAGUAAGAAACUACUGCAAAAAAGUGUGAGGAAAGUACCAAACAGUAACUUGGACUCUUACACAGGCCUCAGCUCAAAGAGGAGCCAUGCUCUUCUUCCAGGUAGAGCGCCAACGAAGCAGCAGCAGCUAAAACGGAAAAACAAAGACUCUGAACCUCUCAGGUCUAAGGACUCCAAUUUUUAUUCCUUAAAUCACCCGGAUACAGGCCACCUGUCUACUUUGAACAUCAACAAGUCAUCUACUGCACAUCUCAGCUAUCAAGGUCUCAAGACCUCCAGCAGUGAACAAAGAAAAACUCACAAAAGCUGGAAAUCUGUUGAGGAACGGAGUCAGGUGCAACAAAGUAAAAAGAUUCUGGUGAAACAUGGAGAGAAACGACAGAAUAAACCAGAAUCAGAGAUGUCAAAACAUUCUGCUUCUUCUAAAAAAGCAUCCAGUAAAGGUUCUGUAGGUAAAGGUCCAGUCUCCAAAGGUCUACCACCAUCAUCCAUGGUUAAUGACUAUGCAGCCUCUACACCAAUGGUCUUUCCUCAUACCUGCUGUCUGUGUGACAAAGAAUGUGUUUACAAGGAGGAUUGGUUCUCCCACCAGAAUACCAGUUUUCAUAUUGAGAGCUGCAGACUCCUCCGGAAACGAUAUCCAUGGUGGGAUGGUGAGAUCCAAUCGCUCCAAAGUACUCGACAUAGUACAUCUUUGCCUUCAACAUCUCAGCCUCCACAUCGUCAUCAGAAUACCAGGCCUGCGAGCCAUUCCCGCUCACGUAGCCCCCACGACCACCACAGGUUUGAGAGUAGAAGGGACAACUCAAAGCGUAGUUCCUGCUCCGACAGUCCCUGGUGUCGCCGUAGCAGCGGGUCUUAUUCCCGCUCAGAAAGCCAGGAUGGCCAUUGUGGUUUGAAGGACCUUUGGCACCGAUCCAGGAGUAGAUCACCCACUGCUUCACCUCACCGCCACCGUGGCUCCAAGGACGAAAGACGUGGACGCAGCAGAUCCAGAUCACCUCACGGCUUUAGAGAUACUCACAGGUCCCGGUCUCAUUCCUGGUCUCCGUGGUACGAGCGGUCCACAUCUGACUAUCCGUCACAUCCAAGGAGCCAAGAGAAACGACCUUCCUUCGACAGGAGAGAGGACUGGUGCUCCCCAAGGAGGAGUGUCGAGCGACAGGUUUCACCUACAUGGAGCGACGAGAGGCGAACGCCGCCAAGGGUGAAUCACGAGAGACGAUUGUCCAAAGAGAAACCUGUCCAUCAACGGAGGAAGUCGAACAGCACAGAGAGGCUGACUAAGAAAAUGCUGAAAACAUCAGCCCUCCAGUCCCUGACACACCGGUCCGACUUUGAGACGGUGGUUAAAACUCUGACUCCCGUCUUACUGGCAGAGAUCGACAAGAUGAAGUCGUCGUUAUUUUCCUCAUCAUCGUCCCAUAAACCCGGAAAGUCGACAAUGAAUCCAAAGACACGGAAAACUGAGAGGAAAGUGGGUUCCUCUGCAAAGAUCAAGGCUGCUGUUCCUAAAAAGUCCUCUUUGGCCUCUUCAGUCCAGCAGAAAAAGUCUAAAAACCUUGGACCGGCAUCAAAGGAUCAAAGCAAGGUUGUUGGAAUAAAAAAGACUAAAGUCCUGAAAACUACACUGAGCAAGAAGAAAACAGAGGAAGAUUUUUAUGUUGGAACCGUGGAUCCCUCUGAGCCGAUGUGUUGUCUGACUGUCGGGGAGCAGAUAGAAACGUACCUGGACUCCAAAGACCUCUGGCCUGUAGACUCAUUACUGUCACAACCAAACACAAAGAUCCUGCUCAUAACCAACCUUCCAGAGUAUUAUGAUGGCUGCUACACAGAGGCGGAUAUUACAGAUCUGCUCAGCCUGUUUGGAUUCAAACGUGGCGACGACAUCUACGUCAUUCCUCAGAAACGAAUGGCUCUUGCUUUGAUGCCAAGUAUAGGAGCCCUAGAGUCGGCCAUCAGCGCAUCGCUGGACGGUGUUAUUUUCAGAGGAUCCAAACUCUGCUUUAUGGCUCUAAAACAAUAUAUUGACAUGUCACCAUUUGGAUUUUAUUGCGGUCUGAUGCAAAAAAUAUGUUCUGAAGUGGCCGAUGAAGCUAGCACCGUCUACAUCACAAACAUCUCAACAAACGAGGCCAGAGAUCUCAGAAAAGCUCUGAGAAAAAUCGAUUCUGUGAGAAACUUCCUGCCUCUGCUCAACAAGGUCUUCGUUGAGUUUAGGUCCGUUCAAGACGCUGAUCGGCUCGGCGUGUGGUAUAGCCUCCUGAAACGGGGACGCUCUCAUAAAGUCAAAAGAAUGAGGUUACCAGAGGGUUCUGCUACGGCGCUGUCACCACAAAUGGUAUCAAAUGCCUUGCCAGACUUCAGCGACAUCAUCAGCGGGUCCAAGAUUCUGAGGUCCAAGUGUGGCAUUCCUCAGGGCUCCAUUCCUUGUUUUUGGGUCUCGAUGACGACCUGUCCUUACGUGUUUCCCACUGCGUCUCCGUGGUUCAACAUUCCCAGCUUUAUGACAGUAAAGGAAACGAGAGACAUUGAGAGAGCUCACCACAGAGGCUCUGCCUUCUCCACCAUCAUGCUGACUGGUUUCCGUGGAAAAGAGUGGCAGUACGAGGAGAUCGCUGCAUUGGUGUGGCGCUACUUCCCCCAGCAUGCGCCGGACUCCUUGUGCUUUGACGUGGUCGUCCUGCCGCUGCAGAGACGGGUCUUUGUGUAUUUUAUCAGCUGGGAUUCCUGCUGCAGUUUUGUCAGAGAUCACCUUGAAAACCCCGUUUCUGUCCAGGGCUGUCCUCUCAGCGUCCACUUCGUGUUGGAGGACAUGCAUCGGGGACGCAGUGAGGAGGUGCUCUACAGGAACCUGAUGAAAUGGGGCAACUCUCACGUCUCUGAGCCCGAGUCUCUGACUGGGCGUCUGCUCUGCGUGGAGGUUUCCGUCGUCAGCAUCAACCUCGUCAUCUUCAUCAUGAAAGUCGUGGCGUCCCUCGCUCCCUUUGUCAACUUCCUGCCUCUUGCUGACAGAAUCUACGUGGAAAUGCGUGACGCCGGUGGAGCAGCGCGGGCGGUGGAGACUCAGCCGAAGUGCCGUUUGUCUCAGAGCAAACUUUGGAAGAAAGUUCUGAACAUUCGACUCGUGACAAGCAUCCAGAAAGCACGUCCAGAAGACGGGAAUCUCCCCAUCUCCGCUCCUGAACUGGACUCCACAGCAGGGGGUGCUGUUGCAGAAACAGCUGGGAUGGAUCAGCUAGCAGACGGUGCCGAAACCCAGCCAGGGCUGGUGUCUGAUGAGGAAGACGUUGACGCUUCUUUCCUUCUGCCAGAUUACUUUGAGAUCUUAGAUUCAUUUGAUAAUCAGACUCAAACCAAAGGCUUCAAAGACGAGCUCUCCAAAAGCCGUGAUGGACCAGUUCAGGAAGAUUCAAAUCCAGAACAAGCAGCCGAUUCUGUAAAAGUACAGGAAGAGCGGGAGCCUGAUGAGGUUAAAGGAGGAACCAGAGAAGACGAUGGAUCCACCAGGAGGAGCGAAUCACCCAAAAACCAAAACCAAAUGCGUCAAAGCUCUGAGGCACGUGGAGAGGAUGGAGCUACAGGAGAAAGGGCGGAGUUAACUGAAGAUUCUGUUCCAGGAGACACAGAAACCAGAGCAAACAUCGACAAAGGCAACAAGGAAGACUGGUUGAAGUUGGAGGUGAUGCCGGCUCUGAACAAACAGGAGGGAGACGAGCGGGACAACAAGAGCGCCGAGAGAAGUUUAACGCCUAAAGAGGAGAUGACCCUGGUGGCAGAGGAGGUCAAACAACUUGAAGAGGAAAAUCGAGCAAUCACCAGAAGGAGAGUUCGACCCAGGAGAAAGAUGAGAAAGGCUCCUGUCAGAAAAUCUGCUCCGGUGAAAACCGAGGGCGCCGAAAAUACAAGAGAAGAAGAUGAAAACAAGUCUUUGGCUCCUGCUUCACUCACUUCCUCCUCGAUUCUGGACAAAGACUCUUCUCAGUCAGGUGAGCCAAAGCUGCAGGAGAUGAAGGUGGAGGUGGAACCAAGGACUAUUCCUGCUGAACAACUGGAAAAAUGUGUGGAGGUGGCUGCCGACGCCAGACUGCAGCCGUACGACCCAAACGCUUUCUACGGAAUGGAGUUUGUCGUCCGUAAGACGGGAUACUUCUGUCGUCUCUGCUCGGUCUUCUACGUGUGUGAGGACACCGAGGAGGACCUGCACUGCAGCAGCAAAACGCAUUACGACAACGUUCAGAAACACUAUCAGAAAACCGACGAGCAACAAAAACUUUCAAGGAUGAUGACGCGACGCUCUCAAAAAUCUGAAGCUCUAUGAAGCUGAACUGAAAUUAAAAUGUGAUCUUUUUGUUUUCUGACUCCAGGACCUUCAGGGUGGACUUUUUACUGAUCAGUAAAAUAAAAAUAAAAACACACCAACCACUUUGGUUUGGCAUCAUUAUCUCAUA